AUGAAAAUCCCUACAGCCAUGGAUGAUAGCUCCGUUUCUCAUCACAACGGAGGGCAAGUGGGAUCUGAAAUAGGUGUUAGUGUAAAUAAUAAACAAAAUGAAGAAUCUAGUCAAAGUGUCCAGUAUUCGAUACCGGGCAUUUUGCAUUUUAUUCAACAUGAAUGGGCGAGAUUCGAACUCGAGAGAUCACAAUGGGAGGUGGAUAGAGCCGAGUUUGAGGCACGAAUUGCCUUCCUCCAAGGAGAAAGGAAGGGCCAAGAAAAUUUAAAAAAUGAUCUUGUAAGGCGGAUUAAAAUGCUUGAGUAUGCUCUGAAACAAGAGAGAGCUAAGUUUCACAAAUUGAAAUAUGGUGUGGAGCUACAACAAGGUGAUAUGCGCCCACCUUCUGACGAGCCACCUGUAGAGCCAGAGCCGGCAGAGAGAACUCAAUGGAAGCAGGGGCGCCAACUCAUCAAACAGUACCUGCAGGAAAUUGGUUACACGGACACAAUACUUGAUAUACGCUCGAAUCGAGUAAGGACUUUACUUGGAGAAAAUAGUGAAGAACAGACAGAGGAAUCUAACUAUCGGAAUUGUGAUAAACACCGUUACUCUACAAAUACUGCUGUGGGACGCAAAAGGAUGAUGUAUGAUUAUGGUGGCAAAGACCAACAAUGCAAGGGUGCUGUCUCUGGAGGAUACAACGAAGAAGGUCUCUCUGUACAGGAAAAUGCUGUGUUUGCCAACUUUGAGUUUCUCGCUAACCAGGAAAUGGACAUGGAUGAAAUCGAAGAUUUAGAUACCAAACAGGCACAUCAUACUCAAAUCAAACAAGAAGAAGUGGAUCAUGAAGCAGAGGAAGUGCUCAAUGAGCUAAACCUGCUCACCGAGACAGAGGCCGAUGGGGGUGGACAAGGCGACGAGUAUGUCGGUGCAUCCGAUGAGAAGCCAUUGGCGCUGGGUGAAUUGGCACAGCUGACUGUCAGCAAUGAGCCGGAGGCUUACGACGUGGCUGGCGCCAGCAAGGAGUCGUUUAGGAAGACCUGGAAUCCCAAGUACACGCUGCGCUCACAUUUUGAUGGGGUGCGCGCUGUUGCGUUUCACCCGAAUGAAGCGGCGUUGGUGACAGCUUCCGAAGACCACACCCUGAAGCUGUGGAACCUCCAGCGGACCGUACCAGCGAAGAAGUCUGCCGGACUGGACGUGGAGCCGCUGUACACGUUCCGAGCGCACACCGCGCCCGUCCUCUGUCUCGCGAUGGGCGCGCCCCGAUCUGAGGAGUGUUUCUCUGGUGGGAUCGACGCCACCAUUCGCGUGUGGAACCUGCCAUCGGCCACAGCGGAUCCCUACGAUCCUUAUGAUGCCGCUGUACAGGGACCAGUACUGCGCGACCAUACCGACGCCGUGUGGUCUCUAUCGAGUUUGCAAGGUCGUCUUCUGUCUGCGUCUGCUGAUGGUACGGCACGACUCUGGUCGCCCCGUGCUGCUCGUCCGCUGCUAUGCACGCUCCGUGACGACGCCUUGACCGCUAGUAACGCGGCGCCCGCCGCCGCGGACUUCGCGGAUGCAGCGACCCGCGCUGCUGUCGUAUACAAUGACGGGACGCUUUUGCUUUACGAUCUGGAGACUACACAAGCGGUGUUGCGCGUACCGUGCUCUUCGCCGGCGACGAGAGUCCGCUCGCACCCGUCCCUGCCGGUGUUGGUGACAGCGCACGAAGACCGGCACAUUCGCUUCUGGGACGCGGUGUCGGGUCGCUGCGCACACGCAAUGGUCGCUCACCUCGACGCGGUCACCGGCCUCGCGCUCGACCCCAACGGCUUGUUCCUGCUCUCCGGCUCCCACGACUGCUCCGUGCGCCUCUGGAACCUCGACACCAAGACCUGUGUACAGGAGAUCACCGCGCACCGCAAGAAGUUCGACGAGGGCAUCCUGGAUGUGGCUUUCCACCCGGUGCGGCCCUUCAUAGCGAGCGCCAGCGCGGACGGUCUCGCCAAGUACGCACUGUUAGUGUUAGUCUCGCUUGUGUUGCCGACGUAUCGAGUGUAUCCUACAUGUGUGGCAGUUAGUAGGCGAGCGACCGGUACACCGUACGAGGAUGCGUCUAGUCGACCACCCCAGUGGCGCUUGCGUUUCGUGAACGACUCGGUCACAUCACCACCGGUUCCAAUUGACUAG